AUGGCACAUCCCUCCCAACUAGGCUUUCAAGAUGCAGCUUCACCCGUUAUAGAAGAGCUCCUUCACUUCCAUGAUCAUGCCCUUAUAAUUGUGUUUCUUAUCAGCGCUCAAGUUCUUUACAUUAUUGUAGCCUUGAUCACAACAAAACUAACAGACAAAUUCAUCCUGGACUCCCAAGAAAUUGAGAUUGUAUGAACCCUCCUCCCAGCAAUAAUCCUCAUCCUUAUCGCACUUCCCUCCCUUCGUAUUCUAUACCUCAUAGACGAGAUCAAUGACCCCCACUUGACAAUUAAAGCUAUGGGACACCAAUGAUAUUGAAGCUACGAAUACACAGACUAUGAAGACUUAAACUUCGACUCAUAUAUAGUCCCCACCCAAGAACUCACCCCUGGCCAAUUUCGACUACUAGAAACAGAUCACCGCAUGGUAGUCCCCCUAGAAUCCCCUAUUCGUGUCUUAAUCUCUGCUGAUGACGUCCUCCACUCCUGAGCAGUUCCCUCCCUCGGAAUCAAAAUAGACGCAGUGCCAGGACGACUAAAUCAAACAGCUUUCAUCAUCUCCCGUCCAGGGGUGUUUUACGGUCAAUGCUCAGAAAUUUGUGGGGCUAAUCACAGUUUCAUACCUAUUGUAGUAGAAGCAGUGCCCCUUGAACACUUUGAAAACUGAUCCUCCACAAUACUUCAAGAUGCCU